UAUUUCGGUCGAGGAACGUCACCUGUAUCUGUGAGGUGUUCCGAAGCCAGGGAAGGGAUGACCGGUCAGACGGAGGCUGAUAUACCUGAAACAGGAGCAGUCUUCACCUUUGGGAAGAGCAAGUUUGCUGAUAAUGUGCCCAGUAAAUUUUGGCUGAAGAAUGACCAUCCAGAGGAAAUCUCAUGUGGGGGUGAUCACACUGCUGUCAUAACAGGCCAUGGCAGGCUGUUCAUGUUUGGAAGUAAUACCUGGGGUCAGCUAGGACUGGGGUCAGAGAUCAAUGUCAACAUCAACAAGCCCACCGCUGUGAAAGCGUUGAAGUCUGAAAAAGUUAAGUUUGCAUCAUGUGGGAGAGACCACACAAUAGUGUGCACGUGGAGUGGGCGUGUUUAUGGUGCUGGCAGUAACCAGGAGGGGCAGCUUGGUUUGGGACACUGUGAUGACACAAACACCUUCCACCUGCUUCAUCCUUUCUCUGACCAUGCACCAAUCAAAAUGCUUGCUGCUGGCUGCAACACCUCAGCUGCCCUGACAGAGGACGGCAGGCUGUUCAUGUGGGGUGAUAACUCUGUGGGCCAGAUCGGUCUGGGCACAGAGAGCUACGCCUCAGAGCCCAGAGACGUGAUGGUGGGACAACCAGUGGCCUGGGUGGCUUGUGGAUACCACCACUCAGCGUUCGUCACAGUGGAUGGGGACCUCUACACGUUUGGGGAGAGUGGGAGCGGAAGGCUGGGUGUAUUCCCAGACCAGCUAGCCAAUCACAGAGUCCCUCAGCGGGUGGAAAGCAUCCAGGACCCGGUCAUCCAAGUGUCCUGUGGAGGGGAGCACACAGUGGCACUCACAAAGGACAAUGUGUACGCAUUUGGGCGGGGACAGCAUGGGCAGCUAGGCCAUGGGACCUUCCUGUUCGAGGUACCUUUGCCAAAAGCACUGGACCACUUCCGGAAUGGCAGAGUCAGUCACGUAACCUGUGGAGAGAACCACACUGCAGUGAUCACAGACAGUGGGAUUCUGUACACCUUUGGGGACGGUCGCCAGGGUAAACUAGGACUGGGGGAAGAGAACUUCACCAACCAGUUCAGACCAACACUGUGCCCACGGUUCCUCAAAUACAGUGUCCAGUCAGUGGCAUGUGGUGGCUCUCACAUGCUGGUGCUGGCUAUGCCCAGACUCCCAGAGGUUGAGGAAGUGGUGAUAGAGGAGGAUGAUGUUACAGAGAGCAUUCUGGAGUCUCUGGAGACCUACACCGAGCUGCUCCUGAUGGACCCCUCCUUCCUGAUGCCCAACCCACAGACCACACCUCCUCUCUGGACCCUGUCUGCUAGGGCCCGCCGCAGGGAGAGGGAGAGUUCUCCAGAGCAAUUUGGCCAGAUGUUCCGUAACCUUCCGCCUCUGAUGUCCGGCUUCCUCAACGCCUCCCUGCCCCUGUCCAGAAAUAUCCGCAUCUCCAGAACACCAUCUGAAGACCCCUGCACCUCCUCACUGUCCUCCAAUCCCUCCUCAAACGACCCCCCCAGUCCCUCUCUGUCCCUUAAAUCCAGAUCCAAAACCCCAUUAACACCGUCACCCAAGUUCAUAUUCCCAGACCGUCCUUGCCCUUCACUCUCCUCCAAGUUCUCGCCUAAGAAGAGGCCCAGCCCAUCAAAAUCACCCAAAUAUGCAUCUAAAGAACGCCUCACCCCCUCACAGUCCUUUAAAUCCACACAUAAACUCUUCCCCACCCCCUCAAUGUCCCCUAAACCCUCCUCUGUAAAGCCCACAGAUGACAACCAAUCCUCCAAAACGCUGUCUGAGGGUCCCACCUCACCACAGACAGAGAGGAUCGAGGACACUGUGACAGAAGCAACUGACAGCCGGAUGCUCAUUGAGAAUUUGGAGAAGAACAUGGAUGUCAUGGAUGAAGAGGACAAUAAAGACAUGUUGCCAGACCUGGCAUCACCAUCAGGAGGAGAUUAUGGCGAUGAGACUGGGACUACAUCUGCAGAACAGAAGGAUAAGGGACAUAAAAAGGGUCGGGCUCUGAGGAGAGCUGUUAAGGAGGCAGAAAUGGAGGUUGAACAAGCCUCGGCCAACAAGAAGCCGCAGCUACUUUUCCAUAAGGCCCUUCCCACCGAGCUUCUGAGAGGCUCCAGCUUGAGUUCGUUAAAGGCAGAGGGCACGCCCCCAAAGAGCCCAAAAUGCUUAAUGAAUCCUCAGACCCCAGCCAGCGGCAAGGAAAACAUUGCUCUGACAGCAGAAAAGGCUGGCAUCAAAGUGAACACCAGUAAACUGACGGGUAAUAAUCUGCAAAGCACAGGUAAAGCAGGGUCUAAGCCAAUUUCACCUGCAAUGAAACAAAGCAAGUUAUCCGUAUCGAAACCUAGCACUCCUAAACAGAGCCAGAUCCAGAUAUCUGUGUCUAAACCCAGUAGUCCAAAGCAUGGUCAAAACAAACUGUCUGAAUAUAAAUCCAGCACUCCAAAACAUGGUCAAAGCAAGCUGUCUGAGGUGAAUAAAGGUACAGAGAUGAAAGGUAAAGGCCCUGUAAAAGUUCAAGGUAAGGAGGUUGAGGCAUCCAAAGACAAGAAAUCUAAGAUUGCAGAGGAAGAUACUAAAACUUUUGAAGUUCAAAAUAAACCACUUCAAGAGAUCAUGUCCCCUCCAGUCAAAGUUAAAGGUAAACCUGUGGAGAAGGAAACAACUCCAAUUAAGGCUAUUGCUGAAACCACUCCUUUGAAAGUAAAGAGCAUUCCCAAGAAGAUUGUAGAUGAUAACAAACCAUCUGAAGGUAAAGGCACUCCAAUAAAGGUAAAAAAGAAGGCAAAAGAGGUGAAUGAAGAGAAGAUGGAAGAGUCUAUUACUUUCAACGAGUCAGGGACAACUGUGGGGAACAAAAUGGCAGUUAAAGAUAAAGGCAAAGUCAAAGAAAAAGAGAGUGCACCCACCAAAACAAAAAAUGUGCCCAAACCUAAAGAUGUUGACGCGAAACUAACUGAGUUAGAGGGAGCCCCAGUGAAACUGAAAAGCAAGCCGACAGAGGUUUCCAGCCAAGCAGUCUUAGUAGAAACUACCUCAAAGGCCAAAUCACCAGUCACAUCACUCUCAUUAUCAGAUGCACUACCUCAAAAUGCUGGAGAUAAGAAGUCAACAAAGUCACUGGUUGUCUGUCAGGUCAGGGAUAGAGUGGAGGUCCCAGGGGAAGAUGCCUUUGAUGAAUCCCAGGAGGGGAAGCCUAGCUGGGGAGGAUUUCUCAGCGAUGCAGCCUCUCUCCUUCCAGAUGUGGGGAUGGCGGGGGCAGCCAUGGGGGUCCUGAGUGAGGCGGUGACGAGCAUGAGGGGGAUUCAGUCGGAGAGUGACACAGACACUUCUAUCCCUCCUCGGCGGUUCAGCCGGGUAGAGAGGUUCACCAAACAGAGCGCCAUCACCCAGCCUUCCUCCACAUCACCCUCUUCUUCAACAUCAGAUCCAAGCACAGCUGAGCAAAGCAAGAGGACCGACGCCCGCAUCAGCACCCUCGGGAAUUCUGAUCAGGAAGUGGGGAGCAGGAGUUUUGAGAAGGACCCAGAAACCACAGAGGCUGCUAGCGAGAGGUCAGGAGGUCAGGCCAAGGUCGAUUAUGAUGAGAUCUCUAGUAGUCAAAGUUCGGAAGCUGAGGAUGAUGAAGAUAAAGAGUCCACAAAGAGACAUGGAGAUGGGACAGAAAUGGAGAGCACCCAACAAGAGGAAGAGGAUGACAGAAGUGUUAAGGGUCUGGAAGAUAACAGUGAAGACAGUGAUACUGUGGCCAGCGGAGAGGGAGAGGAGGGUAGAGAAGAAAAGAGUGAAGACAGCGAGGGUGCGGAAGAAGAAAAGAGUGAAGAGAGCGAGGGCGUGGAGGCAGAAGAAAAGAGUGAAGACAGCGAGGGCGCGGAGGCAGAAGAAAAGUGUGUAGGGGAGGCGGAAGAAGAAGAAAAGAGUGAUAGUGUGGGGACAGGAGAGGGGGAGGAGGAAGACGAGAGGUGUGAGAGUGAGGGGACAGGAGAGUGGGAACAGGGAGAGGAGAAGAGUGAUAGUGAUGCGACAAUAAAGGGGGAGGAGGAAGAAGAGAAAAGUGAUGAGGGUGCAGUACAGGGGGAGGAGAAAGAAGAGAAGAGUGAUAGUGAGGGGACAAGUGAUGGGGAGGAGAGCAAAGAGAGUGAUUCUGAGGCAAGCCUAGAGGAGGAGGGAGAGGAGACGAGUGCACAGAGUGAGGGGGAAGGAGAAGAGGGCGAAAGUGGUUCUGGGACAAGUGGAGAGGAGGAGAAUAGUGAAGAAGAGUCCAGUGAUGAAGAGAGUGGGGAUGAAAAAAUAGAGGAAGAGGAGGAGAGCAAUUCGAGUGAGUAUGAAAAGGAGGAGAGUGGUGAUGAAUCAGGAAAUGAGGCUGAGAGCAAGAGUGAGGGAUCAGCAGAAGAGAAAGAAGAUAAACAAGCAGAAAAAGCAGAAAGUAAAGAAAGUAAAGCUACUGAGUCAGCAGAGGAAGAAGGAGAGAACCAAGAAGAGGAAGAGAGUGGAGCAGAGGAGGAAGGAGAGAACCAAGAAGACGAAGAGAGUGAAGCAGAGGAGGAAGGAGAGAACCAAGAAGAGGAAGAGAGUGGAGCAGAGGAGGAAGGAGAGAACCAAGAAGACGAAGAGAGUGAAGCAGAGGAGGAAGGAGAGAACCAAGAAGACGAAGAGAGUGGAGCAGAGGAGGAAGGAGAGAACCAAGAAGAGGAAGAGAGUGGAGCAGAGGAGGAAGGAGAGAACCAAGAAGACGAAAAGAGUGGAGCAGAGGAGGAAGGAGAGAACCAAGAAGAGGAAGAGAGUGGAGCAGAGGAGGAAGGAGAGAACCAAGAAGACGAAGAGAGUGGAGCAGAGGAGGAAGGAGAGAACCAAGAAGACGAAGAGAGUGGAGCAGAGGAGGAAGGAGAGAACCAAGAAGACGAAGGGAGUGGAGCAGAGGAGGAAGGAGAGAACCAAGAAGAGGAAGAGAGUGGAGCAGAGGAGGAAGGAGAGAACCAAGAAGAUGAAGAGAGUGGAGCAGAGGAUGAAGGAGAGAACCAAGAAGAGGAAGAGUAUGGAACAGAGGAGGAAGGAGAGAACCAAGAAGACGAAGAGAGUGGAGCAGAGGAGGAAGGAGAGAACCAAGAAGAUGAAGAGAGUGGAGCAGAGGAGGAAGGAGAGAACCAAGAAGAUGAAGAGAGUGGAGCAGAGGAGGAAGGAGAGGGAGAGGAUAAGGAAGGUAGUGAAAGUAAAGAAAAUGAGGAGGAGGGGGAGGAGGAGGCAGGUGUAAGUGAGGAGGAGGGGGAGGAAGAAGAGGAUGAGGGAAAGGAUGAAGAAAGUGGAGAAGAUGAGGAUGAUGCAGGAGAGGGGGAAGCAGUUGAGGGUGAGGAAGAAGAGGAUGAAAAGGAAGAUGAAGAGGAUGAGAACAACGAAGUUGAAGAGGGUGAGGAGGGACGAGAAGAUGAUGAGAAACAAGCCAGGGGAGAGGAAGCGGUUGAAGGUGGAAAAGGUAAGGAGGAGGAAGAAGAAGAAGAAGAAGAAGGGGGAGACAAAGAUGCAGGGGGAGAAAAGGAAGGAGAGGAAGGGGAAGAGGGAGAGGAGGAAGAAGAAAGACACCAAGGAGAAGGGGAGGAUGAAGGAAAGGAAGAGGGUGAAGGGAAGGAGGAAGAAGAGGAAAUUAAGGAUAGAGAAGAUCAGGGAGAAGGAAAGGAUGAGGAUAUGAAAGAAAGAGAAGAGAAUAAUGAGGAGAAAGGAGAGGAUGACAGUGAAAAGGAGGGGGAUGGUGAACAACAGGAAGAUGAGAAAGAGGAAAGAGGAGUGAGUGAAGAGAGAGAUGAGGAAGCAAAUAAACAAAAAGAGGAAAGGGAGUGGCAAGAGGGGGAAGACGAGAAGGAAGAAGAGGAAGUGAGGGGAAACAACUGGGAGGGGGAGGAGAAGGGGGGGGGUAAAAAAGAAGGGAAAGAAAAUAAGACAAGUGAUGGGGAGGUAGAACAAGAGGAGGAAGAAGAGGGCGCAUGUGAACAGAAAGAGGAGAUGGAUGAGGAGGAAGCGGGAGAGGAGGAAGGAGAAGAAGAGGAAGAGGAGGAAGAAAGGGAGGAGAAAGAUAGUAAAGGAGAGGAAGAGGAGGGAGAGGAAGAAGAAGAGGAAGAAGAAGAAGAGAGAAAAUCACAGAAAGGGAUAAAGAAAGGGUCACUGAGCCUACCACCUAAAGCAGCUCCCCCCAGCAGGAAAGGGAAGGAAGAGCCCCCAAUGGAGAAACCCAAACCACCGGCCCGCACCAAGCAGAGGACCACAGGGGGAAAACAGGCCAAUGGAACCCAAGAAUCCCAACAGUUCUGGAACAAUGUCUUACCCCAGUACCUGGAGCUGAAGUGAAAUAUACUGGACAUCAAUGGUUCCCAAUUUUAUUUGGGUCAGAACCCAUAACCUGACUGUUAAUAACGGCUGGAAUGGGUCUGGACCUGAGAAAACUAAGCAGGUGCUCAAUAUACAGCACGACCCUACGUAAACUCCUUGAAUUUAAUCAAUAUCUGCAUACAAUUUACACAAUAUGCCCACUGUACUGUAAGGUACUGAACUGAGUGUACUCAUGCACUAUACUGUACUGAAUUGUAAUAUACAGAUAUUUGUAUUAAAUAAAGAGAAAUUGAGAACUUC